GCAUUCUUCACACACAUCGCUUUUCGUGCCUCGGCGUUCUGUCCACUAGCACUGCUCCGAAACCUCCCGAGCUUUGCUAACUUCUAGUGCAUCAUACAUGCACCCUUUGAGCUCCUCUGACAUCCAACAAUGACUCAAUCAAUCAGUCGUCCGCUUUACUCACUAAGACCCUUCAUUCAGGCGUACAUGCUGGCGUACCUGUCUUCUACUGUCCCUUCGCUGAUCAGUCUCUCCAUUGUCGUCUUACGUCGGAGAUCGAGUGCUGCCGCGGCACUGACAAGAUUACGGCAGAUCUUGUCUGCAGCCACUGGUCUCCACCGUUUCCCCGCCUUCUGUGCCGCCUUGAUCGGAGGGUCAACUUUACUGCAGACUCCUUUUCGAAUCAUACUUGGAUAUCUGACUAAGCGUGGUCCAGCCACUGGCAAGCCUUCCCUUUUGAUUCAACGUCUAGCAAGGUUUCUUGCAGCAUUGUUGUCUUCCUAUGUCUCCUUUAUUUUUCUGAACAGUACUCCCGUCCAGUCGUCACAUCCUGGUCAUGAUGUGCAAGAGUAUCAUGGCGCCGCCGUACAGCCGUUGGACAAUGGCGAAGCUUCACUCAACGAACUUCGAAAAGUCACCUCGAGAGAAUUGCCAAGCGACAUAGCAGCUGUGCCUGCCCAGGCAAUGACCGUGGAUAUUCUAUCCCGUCCUCCAGGAUCGCUCGCCGGAAAGUCCAUGGAUCUUACUCUACUGGCUUUUACUCGGGCUGCAGAUAUAGUAAUUACCUCAAUAUGGUCUGCCAGUGGGCCACACUCUACGAGGACAAACCGGAUAGCCUCUUUCUCCACACCUACCCUUUUCUCCCUGUCUGCAGCAACCAUCAUGCAUGCUUGGUUUUACGCCCCGCAUGCCCUGCCUAGAACAUAUGUCAAGUGGAUUUCUGCCGCGGCUGAGCUGGAUCCUCGUUUGCUGCUUGCGCUGCGUCAAGCCCGUUAUGGUAACUUCGUGUACGGCAAGGAGACGGGAAUAGGCUCACUCUUGGGCAGCAUGGCAGUCGACCACGGCCUACCCUUUGAAAAGGGCGAUCCUGCUAAGACCAUCCCGGUCGCGUGUGAGAUUGUCCAUUCCGGCGCGGGACCUAGCUGCGAAGUCCACGGUCUCGUUCGCUUUGCGCAAGGCUGGAUGUUCGCGGCCAAGAUGUACGCCCCCUUGCAGCUCCUCAUACUGCUCCGGAAACUUCAAAGUGGUCGACUGGGCUCUUCUGCUGCCAAGAAGAGCGCGUUCAUACGAGCUAUCGCGGGCACGGCGCGCAGCUCUGCGUUCUUGGGUGCCUUCAUCUCCUUGUUCUACUACGGCGUCUGUCUCGGGCGGACGCGGCUUGGACCUCGUAUCUUCAGUCGCAAGACUGUGACGCCGCAGAUGUGGGACGGUGGAUUGUGUGUGCUAUCCGGGUGUAUGGCCUGUGGCUGGAGCAUCCUCGUCGAGCGCUCGAACCGGCGAGAGGAGCUGCUCUUCUUUGUCCUUCCGCGUGCUCUCAGCGCGUGGUUUCCGCGCCGUUACCUGCGUGAGAAUCAAUGGAAAGAGCACCUCACGUUCUCAUUCAGCGCCGCCCUCGUACUCGCUGCCGUCCAGGAACGUUCUGAAAAAGUCCGUGGUCUGCUGGGCAGUGUGCUCUCGCAGCUCCUCAGAUGAAGCCUGGGGCUUGGCUGUUAGUAGUACCUGUGUCUUUUUCGACAUGAGGCUCUUCUGCGCAUUAAAGAGAAUCUAACACCUUCUCUUGCGCAAAAUAAUCAAUAACAGGGCUUACUUAAUUAAUCUUUCGAAAUUCUACAUCCACUCAGCCCAACUAUAAUAUACGCAUCGCCCAUCUGAAGGUAGUCAGAUGACGUCAGUCUCAAGUCCGAAACUCCCGAGUCAACCCGCCCAGGUCGUACCACAGCAAAGUCAAACAAAAGCCAACAUCUGGAUAUGGCCUCGCCAGCUAUCCUAGAAUGUGUCAGCGUGCCAGAUGUACGCUACCUCCCCUGAGCGCUGUCAUCUAAGAAAAAGCAUCCCGAAGAAAACA